GAGAGCGGAGUGUGCAGCAGCAGGCAGUGAGAGGGAGAAAACUACCAAAACAAACUAACGGCCUCUACUUACACAUAACCGGUGUCAGUAUCAUCAUCAUGGACGGUGUGCCGACGCCCAUGCGGUGCUUCAGAGAGUGCCACUCCGCAGAAAUGUUCACGGAUGACGGCGUGGAAACAGUGACUUCAGUGGAGCAGAAAAAAGUGGAACGCACCAUUGAAGAAGUCGUCAACGUUUACAAGCAAAUACACAGUUUACCACAGCCGACUUUGUUGCGGGAACAACACUACCAAUAUCUCAAAAAGGGCUUACGUAACUUAUCAGAUGCUUAUGAGUGUCUGGACGCCAGUAGACCGUGGCUUUGCUUCUGGAUUCUUCACAGUCUGGAGUUACUAGAGGAGCCCAUUCCUGGUGCCAUCGCCUCCGAUGUGUGUCAGUUCUUGGCUCGCUGUCAGAGCCCAACAGGAGGCUUCGCCGGCGGACCGGGUCAGCACGCCCACCUCGCACCCACCUAUGCUGCUGUCAACGCCCUCUGUAUCAUCGGCACAGAGGAAGCCUAUAACAUUAUAAACAGGGAGAAGCUGUUAGAUUUCCUAUGGUCAGUGAAGCAACCAAACGGCUCCUUUGUGAUGCACAUCGGAGGGGAGGUGGAUGUCAGGAGCGCGUACUGUGCAGCGUCUGUAGCAUCUCUCACAAACAUCCUCACACCCAAACUGUUCGAGGACACAACUAACUGGAUCCUCAGGUGUCAGAACUGGGAGGGCGGUCUGAGCGGAGUGCCAGGUCUGGAGGCCCACGGCGGCUACACUUUCUGUGGCAUGGCCGCCCUCGUCAUCCUAGGGAAAGAACACAUGCUGGAUCUCAAAGCCUUGCUGCGGUGGGUGGUCAGCAGACAGAUGCGCUUCGAGGGAGGUUUCCAGGGCCGCUGCAAUAAACUGGUGGAUGGCUGCUACUCUUUCUGGCAGGCUGGACUCCUGCCUCUACUCCACAGAGCCUUAUACCAAGAAGGAGAGUCACAGCUGAGUCUGCAGCGGUGGAUGUUUGAGCAGCAGGCCUUGCAGGAGUACAUCCUCCUCUGCUGCCAGAACCCAACAGGGGGUCUGCUGGAUAAGCCCGGCAAAUCCAGAGAUUUUUACCACACGUGUUACUGCCUGAGCGGCCUUUCGAUAGCACAGCACUUUGGAAACAUGGAGCUCCAUCAUGAGAUGAUCCUCGGCAAGGAGGAGAACAGAUUGGCUCCAACUCAUCCAGUUUACAACAUCUGCCCGGACAAAGUGGCUCAGGCGCUGCAGCACUUCCACCGGCUGCCUGUCCCUGACAACAACAGGCAGCAGGGAGCCUCCGCUGACCCCACCGCUGCCUCCGGAUCAGCCGACAGUCAGUCUUAGUCAAGUCGUCAUUUGGAGACGUUACUACAUGUGUGUGAACCAGCCCGCUCUGGGGACUCGAACCAGCAAACAGUCGGUCAUGUCUGACGCAGACGAGCCCGAGAACCUGCGUGGUGCGGUCGACCCCUCAGUUAGAAACGAGGGCUGGAGUUUAGACGACGUUCGCCUGAUAAAAGGUCGACAGUGUGUGCGCAGAUGCCUAUUAAGCAGAAGUUUUUGCUUGCAAUGCCUGUUGUUGUGUCUGAAAGUUAAUAAAACUUUAUAUAGCACUUUUCAUUAUGGUGUUAUUG